UUUGAGUGGUACCGGUUAAUGUUUAUCUUUAGUGUGAGGUUUUUUCCUCAGAUUUAAGUAGGAUCUACAAUUUUACAUCAUAGAUAAGCGUAUAUCAUGCAUUUUGAAUUUUGUUUCAGACAAUUUUUUGAAAGCAGCAAGGAUGACCAAUUUUUAUGUCAUUUUUGCGAAUAACCUGUCUAUGGAGAGAACUUUCAAACGGGCACAUCAGAAACCCUUAAACCAUGCAUAGACGAAGAUUUUAAGACUGUCCACGUGCACGCAAAUUUGGAUAUAACAAUUUGCAUAGUAUUUUUACAGGUUGCAGUGAUAUUAAAAGGAGUAAAUCAGAGGGGGGUUUUGUGGAUCUGACUUCACGGUGUGGGCUGACAGCUUUGCAGUGCACGAUGUACGGCCGGGGCCCGCCGCUGCAGCCGGUGCAAUGACCGUUUCUCAGCGGCGAUUGGCCGGGCUCUGGCCUUGGCUUCUAAUGGCGGCCCUGCAGGUGGUGUUCGGGCAGACGGGCCUGGAGCUGGCAGCCGCAGUGGAGUCGGAGCGAUCGGCACCCAAAGCUGUCAUCAAGGUGACACUUCUGAAACAGGAGCAGGCGGGGAAGCCUAUUACCCUAGAGGGGGUGUUCGCCGGAGCCAGCCCAAGAAGUUAUGCUGAGGGAAAAUUGAUGCAGUCCCACCCGCUGUCCCUGUGCAACACCAGCGAGGACGAGCAGCAGGCCACCGUCUUCAUCAGCAUCGUGAAGCUGGAGAGCCUGGAGCGCAAGGUGCCCCAGUGCCUGCCGCUGCUGGAGAAGGCUCGUCUGGCGCUGAAGAGGGGGGCUCAGGCUGUCAUCUUUGACGUCACCGACAACGCCGCCGCCGCGCACGAGCUGCAGAACUCUGAUGACCUGCCCAAGCCCGUGGUCCUGGUCCAGGCCAAGGACGCCGAGGUGCUCAUGGGCCUGGUCAACAGGAACGAGGAGGCCAUGGUCCGCAUCGAAGUCAUGGUCGAGGUCAAGUGGCCCCACUAUGACGUCGGCAUCCUGCUCACCGUGGUCCUGGCUGUGCUGGCCAUCAUCAUGAUCUUCGCCUUCCGCUACCGCUGCAAGUCCAACAGGAACUGGGACUCUGUGCAUCAGCAGACCAUGCGGGCCAUCAACCGCCUGGAGACGCGCACCUACAGCUCGCAGGGCUGCAGCCAGCGCUUUGGCGGUGGGCGGGACUCCGGCAGCAGCUCCACCUCCGGGCCCGUCUGCGCCAUCUGCCUGGAGGAGUUCCUGGACGGACAGGACUUGCGGAUCAUUUCAUGUUCUCAUGAGUUCCACAAGGAGUGCGUGGACCCCUGGCUGCUGCAGCAUCGCACCUGCCCUCUCUGCAUGCACAACAUCAUGGGUAAUGUGCUCCGGCCAGGAGCGGAGAUGACCAGCCGUCAGACACAACGAAGCCGACUCCAGCCCAACACAGAGCACAACCCGGGCUUCCUGCGGCCCCACCCUUACCCCGGACACCACACCUUCCAGCAGCCUACCGUCCCCUUUCCCCUGCGGCACCACUACCCCCGGGCCCCCGCCGGGCAGUACCCUCACCUGGGUCACUUCGGCGGCUCCCCGCCCGUGGACCCGCGAGCGCUCCACUGUCUUCCCAGCAGGCCCCUGGGGGCGGGGGCGGGCCGCUGCAGCUACCACCUCCCUGAGGGGCACCUGAGCCGGCCCCACAGGACUAGUAGUGGCUGCCGGCCUGGCGGGCACCUCGGCCCGCACUACCACCGGCGCUCCUGCCACGGGUACCGCUCCGGCUGCCCCGCCCCACGCAGCACGUCCAACCCCCGGCUACAGGCCCCCGCCGCCCGCCCGGCCGCCCACAGCCGGCAGGACGACGGCAGCUGCUCGGGGGGCAGCUACCGCACCGAGCGCAGCGGCUACCUCGCCGACGGGCCGGCCAGCGACUCCAGCUCGGGGCCCUGCCACGGCUCAUCCAGCGACUCCGUCCUCAACUGCACCGACGUCAGCCUACAGGGCGUGUACGGCAGCUGGUCCACCUUCCGCAGCUCGCUCAGCAGCGACUAUGACCCCUUAGUGUACUAUGGGCCAGGCCGGGCCCGCCGGGACAGCCUGGACGCCGGCACCAGGCCCCGCUCCCUGGACUCGGUGGUCAACCGCAGUUGCCCGGAGGAGCAGGUGUUCAACCACGUCCACUACCACCGUCACAGGCACCACCACUACGACGACGGGGACCACAGCCAGGGCCCCGACAGGGGCUCGGACGAGGAGCAGGGUGCGGCCGCCGCCCCCGGCGCAGGCGGGGACUCUCCGCAGGGCCAGUGCAAAAGCAAGGCGUGCCAGUGCCCCAAAGCCGAGCCGGCGGACAGGCCACCCCACCAGGGAGAGGAGGCUGAGCGCGAACUCGCAGACCCCACCCUGAGCCCUCCCGUCCUAGUCGCGCCCCCCUCCCUGGCCCCGCCCCCCUGCUGCCACCAGGGCCCCGGCCGGCACCACCGGCGGAAAAAGAGCAGCUGCGUGCUGGACGCCCCUGCCGUGCACUUCCACCAGAGCCUGGACCUACAGGACGACUGUAGCAUCCACAUCCACUACGGUCAGGGAGCGGCCUACUGCUGCCCCCCGGACAUCCCCCCGCUGCUGCCCGUGCCUCUCAUCCUGGACUCGGGGGGCAUGGGGGAGUGGCCGUGCUGCGGGGGGCACGUGGUGUGGCAGAAGGGGGUCCAGCAGGCCCGCUCGGAGCCCCAGCUCCAGGGUCCCCGAGCCCCCAUGGACAGGCCACUGUGCAGGGCCCACCAGGCAGGGACCGAACUCUCUACAGACAUUUGCUUAUACUGCCAAACUUUACACAACAAUCAGGGAUCAGAGGAGGAGUCCGGUGUGUGAGCACACGGUGCAUCCCAACGCCACGCUGCUAAAAGGAGCCGCAAUGGACAAGCCUACCCCUCUACAGUCUUUCACAAGUCUUCCAAACGAUUCCAUACUGUAAACCACAUUCACUUUCUCAAGCUGCUCCCAGUUCCUGUAGCACGCCGUUCUUAUUCAGUGGACACGUAAAUGCUGGCCGUGUUAGCUGUGCUGAUCACAUUUGUCAAAUCAGAAUGCUUCACUUGGUGUUCGUUAUGUCAGAUUUUCAACAAUUUAAACUCAUCAGCAGAGGGGUGAUUCAUCAUGUAUCACCCUGUGGACCAUAGGCAACAUUCUGAAAUAAUUUUCAUAAGAUACAUGUUAAAUAUUUUUUCAUGUUCGUAUUGAACAGGCAUAACCAACAUUUGAAAUUCAGUUUAGUAAAUGUUACAUUUCAAUUUGAUUUGAUUUGAUUCGUAUUGUAGUCAAUGCAAAGCAGCCAUAAGAUUUCUAAUGAAAUGUGUUCAGAUAUCUAUAUUUGGAACUGGGGGUUGCUUGCAUGAAGAAAACAGGGGGAUUCAUUUCACAGUAGGAAUGCAUUUUGAAAGAGAUGGCAGUAUGACUUCAGUUUCAAGAUGCAUCAUAAUUCUGUGCUCUUUAGUAACUGCCCACUACCCCACUACCAAAAGAUUGAAGCUCUACAUUAGAGAGCCCCUCAGAGUAGAGAAUCUUUUUCUGAACAUUUCUCUCUUAGAUGCUCAUCACUUAUCUGGGGGGAGAAAGCACCAGCACCAGUAUAAGUUGCAACCACAUAACCAGGCACAUCGUAAUGAGAUGUCUUGUUAAACAAAUCUGGGAUCUGCUGCUAAUGUCUGUUUCAGGAGCUCUGUUUGUUUUUGCCUCACUGAUGAUGAAGGUCUGAAUUCUUGAUUAUCUGCAUAGCUUAAAGGCACUCUCAAAUCAUGCAGCUGGUAGCAUUUAAUGUUUCAUUUCUCUUUUUGAGUGCAAGUUAUCCCCCCCCAAUGUUAAGGAUUCAAAAGUUCAAUACACCAGUCUUGGUAAUCAAUACACUCAGUAAAGUUAAAGCAUUAGGAAUGAGACAUUUCUAAAGGAAAUCACUACAAAGUACAGACGAAGACUAAGUGCAGACGUACAGAACUAAUAUAGUAAACAAAUCAAUUAUAGGUUCAUGGUGGAGACGGCAUGGGGCAAGCAGGAGAAGUGCAAUUAUUUUUUAACGUUUUCAUGUCCCCUCCCGCUCUGUUUUUGGGAUUCUUCAAACUGAAAACUGGCUUCAAACAAUUUGGCUCGACCCCCCCCCAGUCGAGGACACAACUUUGUGUACCCAGUGUGUGCUGAUGACAGUAUUGCCCAGGUCUUAAGAAGCAGGACCAUUAUCUUUGGUCCUAAUCUCUGUGGUUGAGUGCAUGGGGGCGUUCACAGUCCUGCUCUCUCCAGCCUACCUCACAUUCGCAGUCAGAAUGCGCAGUGACAGGAGUUAACACAAAGCUACCAGUGCUGUUCCCUCCGCUUUGCCGGAACGAUGUCACCGCUGCGCGCCACAAGAAAGCAGCUGGUGAAAAUCUUCUGUUAACUUUAAUAAGCUUCCCUUCAGGUAGCCAAGCCCCGUAACAUGGUCAUCUCCCUAGUCGCCAUGUGCCCAGGUUGAGGCCACUGAGAGAUGGGGGUUCGAGCUAGUUAAUUCAACAAA